GUUACUACGAUGACGGCAAUACCGAGUCAGCCACCAGACGCUGCUAUUAAAGCCAGCCAAAGAGAGUACACUAAAGAGGAAGAGGAGAAGUAUACCAAUUUGCUCUCACAAGUUAAGGCGAUCACCGAACUGCCGAAUGACGAAAAUUCAAGCGAGAAGACUGCCUUAACAGCAACUGAGAAGUUUUGGUUAACGCGUGAAUGUUUGUUACGCUACUUACGUGCUGUUAAGUGGGAUGUCAGCGCAGCGGAGACACGCAUAAAGAAAACGCUGAUUUGGAGACGUACUAUUGGAUUGGGCGAGGGCGGGAAGCUCACUACGGACGCUUAUAUUCUCCCAGAGCAGCUCACCGGUAAGCAACUCAUAUGGGGUUAUGACAACCAGUCACGUCCAUUGUGGUACAUGAAACCAGAUAGACAAAACACCGAAGAAAGUCCACGCCAGACAGAUCAUGCAUACUUUAUGCUCGAAACAGCCAAGAUACUCUGUCCACGCGGUGUAGAAACUGUCAGUUUGCUUAUAAACUACGCUAAGAAGGCCAAAGGACCAAGUCUUUCAACUUCAAAAUCAGUCAUGUAUAAUCUCGCCGACCAUUAUCCAGAAUCACUUGGUACGGCAUUUGUCAUCAAUCUUCCUACAGUUGUGACAUGGAUGUUUAAGAUUAUCUCACCACUUUUAGACCCAGUCACUAGAGCGAAAUUAUCAUUCAAGAAUGACGUUUCAGAUAUGGUUGACCCAUCACAACUGGAGGAUAGCUUUGGUGGUAAAUUAGACAUGUCAACAUACAACCACGAUGACUAUUGGCCACAACUUAUGGGACUUGCACAGGAGCGUAAAAAGAAAAUACAUCAAAGGUGGACAGAACUUGGUGAGGAUAUCGGCAUAUCUGAAUGGGAUCUUAAGGAUUUCGAUGAGAAGUAGCUUGUUCUUGAAACUUAUUGUAUAUAUCCAAAGGAAUGAAACCAUAUCGUUCAUAAAGAUCAUCAGCAGGGUAUAUUAUUUCCUCUAGGUGUGUAAUUUCGAUUGUAACAGCGCGUUCUUCUGGGUUGUACCGGACUUUGUAGAGUUUGUCAGUCCUUCCGAUUCGCUUUAUUGUCGAGGUGAUGAAUUCGAGGAGCAUAGCCGCCAUACUGGUACAAUUUUUUGGGUUCCAUUCGUAGGCAGAUCCUUUGACUUGUUGGGGUAGAUCUAGAGUGGAGUAUUCCUUCAAAUCCACUAGAAUACCAUCUCUGUUUUUGAAACCGACUAUUAUUUUGGGUACGCCUAGUAGGUAAGACUGGAAAUAGAAUUUGAGGAGCUUCUUGUCGAAGUUAUCCUGUUGAUUUUGAUUUCUGAUUUGCAUACUUGUUUUUAGCUCUACGUAUUUACUUUGAGAGGGUUUGUAGGUGUCCCUAUCCCUUGGGAUAUCAUCUACACAGUCAACUUCACCGGCUGUGAGUAUUCUCGUUGAUCCUAUACGUAAUUUAUUGAUAGUUGCCCAUUGUACUGCAGUAUUAACUUUGACGUCUGGAUCGUCGGAUGUGCAAUAAUGCUCAAAUGCAUAACCGCUGUACAUUGACAUUCUGUGGUGUUCAUUCUUUGGUGCAGCUGGUGGAUCGCUGUCGCUUAAGAAUACGGUGUUACCUAUAAGCAUCGCGUUCAUAGACCAUUUAUCUUGAUAAUUGUAUAAAACGGUUGCGAGCUUUGUCAAUAAACCCCUGAAAGUGACAACGCCAUAUCUAAACCAAUCUAGAUGUAAAUUAUCUAUAACGAACAAGAGUUGAUCUAAAUGCUCAAUUUUAUCGUAAAAGAGAGCAUUUUGGUAGCCAUUCUUAAGGUCAGCGCCUAUAGAGGGUCUAUUAUAGAAAUUCAGAGAUUCAUUAUUGUACAAGAUACUUCUAUUGCUGUUUAUUGAGUAAGUGUGUAAUUGUAAGGGAUAACUUAGUUCUGUACG